GGUAAAGUUAUGCUCUAUUUCAUAUAAAACACUUUGGACCUUGCAGUGCUCAUUUCAAUGCUGUGCUGUUAUUUUCUGUUGUUUUGCAAAUUCAGUGAGUAAAAUUUCUAAGUGUUUCAUGCUGAAAUUAAAGUAAGCAUUGGAUAUUUUUGGACUUUACAUAUACAAAACGAUAUUUUUAAGCUGUUCUGCAAUAAUAAAGGUGCUGCGAAAAUUGCAUGCUCUUUAAAAACGACUUAUUUCUUUUUUGACCCAUAUUUCUUGGCCAGUUGGUCAGAUUCGAAGAGGGGCAGGUGCCUCCAUGACACUCAGCGUGUGCACCUUGCACAAGGAGGCUGCGUAGCAUGGCAGCAGAACUGCUAGGGAAGAGGGGGCAAAUUUGGCCCAGGCACAGCAUUUGGCUUGGUACUGGAUGGCGGGGCAGCAAGCCGGUGUCCUGGCUUUCAGGCCACUGAGCUUGAUGGGUAGGGGGGAUGGACAACAGACAGAAGUCUACAUGAGGUGGGAUUUUGUUAGUUCGUGUCUGUCGCUCAUUCUCAGUUGCAAUGAAAAUGAAACUAUCCCCACCCCCAGAAAGAAUACAUUCAAAUGUGUUCUUUGGGGAAUUGUACAUCUCACAUCUGUCAGUACUACAUUAAGUCAUAAGAUUGUGAAAGCAAGUUGACUAAAAAGCGAUUAUAAGUAAUUGAAGCAAGAUGAUCUUUUCAUUUUCACUGGAAGGAAAGAUAUUUGGAUUUUAUUUUUUAUUUUUUUAUUUUUUUUUCAAUUGGAAGGAACUGACCUUUCUAUGAAAUUGCAAAAGGUAGAAUCACGUUUUUUAUUGACUGUUGUAGAAGAGUUUUGCAAGUAAAUGCUUUGGUAAGAAAUAUGGCAAGAUGUGAUGCUAACUCUGCUGGCUGUACAUUUGUUGUUGGAACUGAACUUUCACCAUUGUUUUUGUUCAAGCUUCAUGGUAGACUUUGUGUUCAAAACUACAUUUAUGCAUUUAUUUAUUGCUGUGCAAAGUAAUGUAAAGUGAGUAGCUUUCUAAGUAGUUAUUUAUUUCUGAAAAUAUACUUGUCAAAAUCAAAGUGCGACAUAACAGUAUUGAGGAUACAUUUUGUGUGUGCUGAAUGACAAAGGUGUUCCUUAUUUAUGUCUGAAGUUCACUGUAAAUUGGUUUACUUUUAACAAUAUUUACCAUAUUACAAAGAAUACUCGGGUGGAAUGGUUGGAAAGAGUUCAUGUGCCAUCGGGUUCAUUUGCAGGUGUUUGGACUUAAGUUUUCAUUUGGUCUUUCUCCCUGUCAGCGGUGUUGGAUCUCUUUCUCUAUUUCUGUGUUUACAUCUCUGCAAGAGGGGCACUGUGUUUCUGUGCUGAUUUGGUGCCAUUCUGCACCCAUUUCUCUGUUGAGGAGGAGGUUUGCAUUCCCAAUAGAUACCUUUCGUCCUUAGGUCUCCUGUACAUUGUGAUACAAUCCAGGUGUAUUCACUUGCUGGUGCUGUGGAUGAUAGUGGAUCAUACUGGUUUAGGCAUUUUACCUUCCCAGGCUGAAUCCUUGUAAGCACUUGUCUCUCACCAGUGAGUAUGGGGAUUUAGGAUCCUAAUUUCAGCUCUCUGAAAUACAUCAUCGAGGUCAGAUGUCUAAAUAGAUGAUGUGUCUCCUCCUCUUUUCACAUUACCACAUCUGCUGAACCCAUUUACAUUCCAUAUUUUCUCUGCUUUGAAAAAUUAAAUGCGUGAUUUCAUUUAAUUUCUUUUCACUGGCGUUUCAGCAGCAGAAUGCCAUUGUUCAGCCAGUACACAAAACACAAGUCAUUUGUUUUCCUUGAUAUCUUGUAUUUUGUCAUCUGUAGUUUUGCUUUCAAUGUUUGUUUAGCCUGCUGUCACUCCUUGUUUUCUCCAUACAUUGGGGACUAUGCAGAAUACUAUUUUUUUUCUCACAUAUGCAAAAAAAAUCUGCUCCACUAAAGCAAUACUGUUGGCUGUGAAUUCAUAUUGCGGUUCACUACAAGGUCAGCUUCCUUGUUUUCACAAGCUCCAUGAACUUGCUUUGAUUUACUUCUUGGUCCAUCUUUCUCUUUCAUCUCUGAUAGUAGUCUCUUCUUUUUUUUUCUUUUUUCUUUUUUCUUUUUGUUUUGUGUGUGUGUGUGUGUGUGUUUGGUUCUUGUUUGUUUGUUAAUUGUGUUGUUUUCAGGCCUUGUCUUUGUAGCAUCUGCCUUCAGGAGCAGUGCUCCUCCAUGGUAUCAUUCCAUCAACCCCAGGUGGAAUCGAGCCACACUGACUGCAAGUGUAUUAUAUGCAAUGGCAGCAUUUGCCUGUGUACACACUGAGUAAAACUGAAUAAAGAUAGUUGGAUUUUACCAAAUAUGCACUUGUUGAGGGUUAUGACCCUAGGCUGUAUUUGCUACUGCAUCAAUAGGAAAUCAGUAUUUUCCUUGUGUGUCUUUAAGUGCAGUUUUAUAGUGACAUUGCUGAUCCUGCAUGUUUGAUUGAACACUACAAGACUGUGUCAACAUAAAGUAAUUAAAAAAAAUCAUCCAAGAAUCUGCCUUUUCGCUGGUGAGGGGAAAAAAAAAGUGAGGGGCCAUUAAUAUCUUCAUACUGUGGGAGAAUUAUGCUUUACAUAUAGCUGUUCAAGUCUCUUGAAGACAGCUUGGCCCUGUGCAUAUUAUUACAGUUUAUAUAUUUAUAAACCAGUGAGGUAUUGAUGAGACCUAUGAAUUACAGGGCAAAAAUAAGUGUUCCCUUUUGGUUAAUGUUACAUGACUGUAGGUUAUGUGUGGUGUUUACCUUGUCUUUUAUUAUUGAAAUGUUCUUCAUGCAAAGAUUUGAUAAUUUCUGAGAAACACAAACUUAGAAUAUUGUUAUUCUAGGAUUAGCCUAGAGGUUAGUGCUGGUUGGAGCAGUUAACUGUUUUGAGUUGCAGUUUGGAUUUUAUAACAGUAGGGAGAGAUCUGUUGUCUUGUGGUUUAGAUGCUUCUAAAUACAAGACUUGCGAAUGUCCCAAAAUGCGUUUCCUAUUAGUAUCUUAAGAUGUUUGAAGCUGUAACAUCUUCUUUCUUACCAGAUCUACUUGUUAUUCCAUUUCCACAUUCAAAAUAAUAUUCCUGUGUUCAGGAAUGCCUGGCACAGAAUGAUCCAUUAUGUAUAAGAGCAUAUAUUACAUCAUGAAAAUGGAAAGAAAAAUGGAGAAUGGGAUGUAUAUUGCCGUGUUAGGGCACCAAUGGCAGUCUAAAAUCUUAAUUUGGAUUCACGGAUCACAUUAAAAGAGCUUAAGUUACAGAGGGUGAACACCUCCCCAGAGGUAUGAAAGUAAUACUGACAUUUGUUUUCUUUUAAUUUGUUGCAAAGAAAAAGUCCAGUGGCAAAGAAAAAGUUAAAGCUGAAAAACUGAGAUUACAGAAAGAAGAGGAAGAAAGGAGGCUGAAAGAGGAAGAGGAAGCCCGAUUGCAAGCUGAACAAGAAGAAGCAGCAAGACUUGAAAAGGAGAGGAUUGAACGAGAGCUGAUGGAAAAGCUUGAGGCAAAAGAUCAAGAGCGAAGGGAGUAUGAACUAGCAGAACUUCAUUCACUGGAAGAGAAGUUUGUGUCUGCACAAUUGUGGAAAACAAAAUACAGAGCAUAUGCAAAGUACUCCAGAUGUGGCCUGACGAGCACUAUGGAGGGAAGAGUCCUAGUGAUGCUGUGGGAGUAUUAUAUUGCUUGUGAUGGAAGUCCUGACCCAACUAUACCACAGGAAAUAAAUACUUUCAUGAGCUUAUGGCGUGAAGAUCAAAAUAAGGACAUUCAACUUGUUGUGGAGAAGGGACAACAGGUACUAAAUUUAAUUGAGAAGUUGCAGUUUUUUCUAUUGGACACACCACCAAGUGAGAUAACAGAAAAAGAAAUAGUCCAGUACCAGGAAACUAUUUUGGAAUUGCAGAAUCUACUUCAUCAGAAGUACAAUGAAGCAACAGAACACCUACUUAAAACAGCUAGUAUGUAUGAAGAUUCUGACACUGGAAAUAUGCAGGCAGUCAUAAAGGACAAAAAUGUUACUUUCUGUAUUUGGGCAAAUCUGAAGAAGAAAGUAAGGUUCAAGAAUCAUGUGUUUUGUGAUACACAUCAUGGAUUUGAUCUUCCAAAGUCCCUGGCUGUGAGCAAUGUUGCUGUUCGCAUAUUGCACACUCAUUAUGACCAUGUAUCUCCACUUUGGCUGCAGUGCCAGCGUGUGCCAAAACUGGAAGUCCUAGAAAGCAAAGAGUCAACUCAGCAUUCAAAAGACAAUGUAGAAGAACUAGAAGAAGAAAAGAAAGCUGCAGAAGAGCCCAACAUGCCCACUGAAGAAGAAACACAUUCUGAUGAGAGAAAGAGUGCUGUCUCAUUCAAAGAAAAAUACAAUAGUGUAACUGACAUAAAUGAGAAGACAGAGGAGGAAACUGAGAAGAAAUCAGAAAUCUUGGACAUAUCAUCACAAGUUCUGAGUCCACUGAUGCAGGAAAAGACCAAUGAAAAAGAAGAUGAGAUAACUGAUGAAAAUAUCGUUGAUUUGCGACAGUUUGUACCAGUGGGUGGUGUGUACCAUAUCGAUGCACUGCAGCUUCCACCUCAGGUCAAACAAGUCAAGAACUGGAAUAUAGUGGAGUUACGUGACAUUGGCUUGGAGGCAUACAGAUAUCCCCCAGAAGAGGCUGACGAUGCCCGAUAUCCACCAAUACAGAUCACGCUUAGGCUGUCUGACAAUGUGAUCUAUUGCAAGGAACCUGUGAUAGCCCGAUGGGAUCCUGCAGGCCAACAGUGGAGAACUGAUGGCAUCAGCAACAUAACAUACGAAACACAGAAGAGUAUCACUUUUGAGAUGGGUGUUUUUUAUACAAUAGCACUUCUCCAGAAUGUUCAUCUCAACAUGCCAUAUCAGGCAUGGGAAUUGAGACCUAUGGGUAUAAAUGAAGCACUACUUACAGUUACUACAGUCUUUGCAGAAGUUCAGAUACAAAUUAAGGGUAUGCAGUGUAUGGUGGCUGCAGUCACAGUGGAAGAGAAGGAUGUGCUUUCUCACCUGACAGGAAAAUGGAUGUGUCCCGUCACCUUAAAAAAAGUUUUGAAAGAGGCUGGUGUGAAUAUUUUCCCAGGAGAAUAUUCAUACAAAUAUGUCUCUGUGAACAAGAAGGCUCCCCUAACAGAAGUGAGGGCAUACCAACAGAUGGCCCUGGUUGCAUCCGCUUUUGCUUUUGGCUGGAGCAAAUGGAAUCUAGAAUCAGGUCAAGAUCAAGUAGUGUUCAAGGUAAGUGAGCAUCUUAAAGCAGAUUUUGUCAAAGACUGGUCUCUGUACAUGUUUAAUGGUCAGAGAGCACUGAAACUCAAGAUCACAGAAACCAGUGAAGCAUUUUCAAAAGAGCUAGAAGAAGAUUCCGAAUUUCACUCCACACUCUACCAUAUGCUUAAAGACUUUGCCAGCAAAGAAGCAAUUGAUAGAGUGAGUACAGCUAACUUCCUGUUUAUUGAUGUUGUAUAUCAGCUGCUCCUUGCUACAAGAGUUUUAACAUACUCUUAAAUACUGCAUGCUUUCCUUUAAAACUUUAUUACCAAAAGCUUUCAAUAAAGUUACAUUUCAAGUCU